GUAGCACUUCCGGAGCGAGGGGGCUUCCGGCCGCGGAAGGCGUUGCGCCGGCCCGGUGAUGUGAGCCGUUGGGCCCCUUCCCGUGAGUGCGCCGGGACGAGGCGGCUGCCGGCGUCGGUCGCUGGGGCCGGCUUGGGCGGAGGGUACCGGGGUCCGGGACCAGCAGAGCCCGGGACGUUGCCGCCGGCCCGGAGUACCUCUGGAAGGAAGCUUCUCUGCCGCUCUCGGGAGCGGAUUUCCAAUGUCCUGCCAUGGAUGAUGAUGAUGACAGCCAGGAUGAACUGAUAAACAAGAAUGCUUCCCUAACCAAGGGCAAAAGACAUGGUCUCGUGCUUCUCAGCGAUACAGAAAGCAGUGGUGGAAAUAGUGAUGAUUCAGAAGAUGAUAACGGAAGUGAGGAAGAAGAUGACACUGAGGAAGAGGGAGGUGAGGAGGUCAAGGAAGAAAGUGAAGAUGAAGAAUUAGAAGGUUGUGAAGACCAUGAUGUAGAAGAGGAUGAAGAAAUUGGGGCCGCUGUGGGGAAAAUGACCACUUCUCUGAAAUUCGAGUCACUUAUAAACGGGCUGAGCUCUUCCUCUGAUGAGGAAGGUGAAAGCUGUCCCAUUUGCCUCAACACGUUUCGAGGUCAGAUUGUGGGGACUCCUGAGAACUGUUCCCAUUACUUCUGCUUGGACUGCAUCGUGGAGUGGUCUAAGAAUGCAAACUCCUGUCCAGUGGAUCGAAUCCUCUUUACGGCCAUUAACAUUUGGACACGUUAUGGUGGUCGCAUCAUGGAACAGAUUAUUAUUCAGACAAAAACUCAGGGUAGCAAUGAAGAGGAUGAUCCAACCUUCUGUGAGGUGUGUGGCAGAAGUGACCGCGAGGAUCGCCUGCUGCUGUGUGAUGGCUGUGAUGCAGGGUAUCACAUGGAAUGCCUUAAUCCACCUCUGAGUGAAGUCCCUGUAGAUGAAUGGUUCUGUCCAGCCUGUGCCCCUCCUGUGGAUGUCAGUGCUGCUGCAGAUACAGAUCAUGUCAGCGAGGAAGAAGAGGUUGCUGCCCCUGUGGCUGACGAUACUCCCACCACCAGUAGGCUACGCCCUCAAGUCCGAACCAGAGUUAUAGCCAGAACUCGGCAGAGCGAACGAGUUAGGGAAACGGUGAACAGAAACCGGAUAACAACAGCGCAACAAAUUCAGCACGUGCCAGGGAACCACACGCCCUCUCUUCUGGAUGAAACAAUCGAGGCAGUUGUAGCAGGCAUAAACACAGCCGUCUACCAGCGUCCUCUUGCACCGAGGGCUCCUGCUAGGCAGAAAAGAAAAACAGGCAGGAAGAAGAAAGCCGGACGCAAAAGAAGAACUUGGGCAAAAUCUGCUGGGAAGAGGAGUUCAGAGAGACAGCUGAAAAGACACAAGGGUCCGAUAAAGAAGAGAAGAGGGAAAAAGAGACUAAGAUCACAUGUGAAAAAUGAGGUUUCUGCUCGCUUACGUAUUGCAAGAGCUCUUGGUCUUAGAAAACCUGAGCAUGGGGGCUUGCUUCCUUAUGUGUACAAACCAGCAGAGCCCUCGCUUGGUCUGAUGAGAGCAGAUAUUGGUGCAGCUUCUCUGUCUGUGUUUGGAGUUCCACAUGAGUUGGAGCCUUAUGAAAGUAACGAGGACGUUCCAGCAAAUGCAGAUUCACCAGUGAGUGCCAAAAGAAGAGUUCUCUCCCAGUCAGCACUGAGGUCUCACCGUCCUGUAGCUAGACCUAUUUCUGUGGGACUUCCCAGAAGCAGUGUACCUGCCUUGAGUCCUGAUCAAGAAGAAGAAGGUGCCCCUGUGCCUGAUCUGUUGGGAAGUAUCCUGUCUGGACAGAGCUUUCUCAUGAUGAGUGGUUCGGAUGUGGUCAUCAACAGAGACGGUUCGCUGACAGCAAAGAAGAUAGCUCCACUUCAUAGGAAAUCGGCGAAUGACUCAAGAGUGAAUGAUGGUUCGGGACAUAACACCCAACCGAGUACGGCGCACUCAGGGACCACAGCAAGCAGCCCCGUUGCUGGACCUUCAUUUUCCUCAGGGCUGAGUACUCGCCCCAGACCCUCCUCCUCAAGCUCGUUUCCAUUACCUUCACCCUCACUGAGCAGGACUGAGCCUGCAGCAAACCCUGCACGGAGUACAUCAGAAAAGGCAACUGUAAAGUCAGAAUAUUCGAUGACACCCAGGUCUGUUCAGACUCAGAACAUAGCUACUCUGAGCAGACAUGGCUACAAGUCAGAUGAAAUGCCCAGAUUUAAUGGAAACUCUAAAAAUGUUGCACGCACUGACUCAUUGUCAAAGCCCCUGAGCUGUUACUUGAAUUCUGGCUCAAAAGCUUUAACCGUGAGGCAGCCAUUAAAACCACCUACCAAGAGAAUUGACAUCUUUGAGCUUCCCAGGAUACCAAAGAUUAAAAAGGAAACCAGCAGCAAGCAGGUGGAGCCCGAACCCUCAGGAAGCCAAAGCUGUGACAUCCCCAGCUCCUGUAUAACCCAGCUGACUGGCAAAGAGAGCGCUAAUCAGCCGGGGAAGGGUAGCAAGGUGGAAAGUCAGAAGUCAAAUGCCAAGGAAUCUCAGCAACAAAUGCAUACAAGUGGGCUGUCUUUUUCUACUGAUACAGGCAUGUGUGGCAGUUCAUCGCUGCUGGGCACUUCGAGGAGCAAAGGCCCAAGCUCUUUUGAGAGUUUUAAAAUCAAUAUUCCUGGAAAUGCAGGGCAUCCCAGCAGACUGUCUAACCCAGGAUUUUGUAACACCUUCCGCCCUGUGGAUGACAAAGUGCAACAGAAAGAGACUCCUUCAACUCUUUUCUCAGUUAAGAAAAAGCAGGUCAAAAGUGAGAUCUAUGAUCCCUUUGAGCCAACAGGAUCGGACUCGAGUUCAGCAAGCAGCAGCCCUGAAAGGCUUGGCUUGGGGAUCCCACUAACUAAUAUUACCAGGACUAUUUCCAUUGAAAAUCCAAAAGUUCAAACAUUUCAAACUGUUCGUCGUUUCACCCCUUACGUGGUAGGAAAUGUAUUUGGAUCUGGAGCAGAUGCUGAUGUACCAUCCAGUAACACAGUGUCUCACGGUGAUGUCACGGUAGAAAGCAGGAUUGUAGAACAGAUCUCUGACACAGAGGAACGAGACAAUAUGGAUGAGGAAGACUCGCUAAGCAGUCCUUGCACUUCAUCUGCCAUUAAGCCAGUUUCUAAUGCAAAGUGUCUAAAGGAGGAAAGCAGAGGGAGCCCUGAUGUGUUCUUUAAUGCCGAAGAACUGGUUAGACCUAAUAUUAAUGUGAAACUAGAACCGGAUAGUCCCUCAAAGGAUGAUGGGCAGCAGAAAAUCCAAAAGGUAGAAAAAAGAAAGAAGCGAUCACGUUCCAGAUCCUGUUCAAACUCCAGCUCCCGAAGCAGGAAGAAGAUGAAAAGGAAGAAGGCGUUUGUCAAAGAGAGUAAGAGACCCCGAUCAGAGUCUAGGGAUAGAGCACACUCAAGGGACCGAAGCUCCCGAUCUACCUCUUGGUCAGGUGGAGAAGAGCGUGGCAAAAGAAGCACAUCCAAACCCAAGAUCAGGAGAACUUCUACUGACCGUUCCAGCAGUCACGAACGAUCUAAAAAAAAGAAAAUGAAGGAUAAAACCAAGGAUAAAAAGGCAAAAACUUCUUGGUCUAGGGAGAGAAGGAAAUCUAGGUCACGUUCAGGUAGUCCUGGAAGUACUUCUGAGUUUUAUGAAAACAGGAAAAAGAAAAGACGGUCUCGAUCAAGGUCAAGACGGAGGGAUCGUUCCCGAUCAAAUAGCAUUGAAAGAACUAAAAGGCGGAAACACAGGAGAGAGAAAAGCUAUGAGAGGUAUGAUAAAGAUAGUAGCUUGAGGUCAAGGGACAGAAAGAGAUCGAGAUCCAGGUCUCGGGAGAGGAGGAAGUGGAGGUCUCGGUCUGCAUCUCGUUCUCGGGAGCACAAAAGCAGCAAAUCAAAGGAAAAAACACCACGAUCGAGGUCCCGUUCCAAAGAAAGAAAACACAGAUCGAAAGAGAGCUCCCUUCCUCCUCCACCAGAAAAGGAUCAAAAGCCUCCAGCUGAAAAUACAUCCACGUUUGUGGAGCAACCUCAUUCCUUCAAACAAGAGCCAAAGGAGGAGCUGGUACUGGAAGAGCUUUCCAUAACCAUCCAACCAAAUGUCAAACUGGAGGAAAUGAAGGCUGAGAGCCCGGUUCAGCUGAGCGAGGCCCAAGAAGCUAUAAAGGUGGAGCCCAGCUGUCGGGAGGUGACCAGUGAAACUGCAUUCCCUCUGCCAGAGGCCACAAACGCGUGUGUUCCAGUUGGCAAUGUGGAUCCUUUUGCUGAGACAGAAUUCGCCAGCAGUAGUGAGCCAGCAGUGCUUGGUAGCUGUAGCAAUACAAACCUUGAGAUUACAGUUAAAAUAGAAAAUACCACGUUGUGUUCAUCUCUGAUGGAAGCACCCCUGGAGAAGCACGUUACCGCGCACGCUCCAGCUGAGGCUGCACCAGUUCAAAGCUUGUCCAAAAGCAAAGUAACAGAUUGUGUGAAGGAGGUUAAAGAUGAGUGCCUUGUGUCAAACGAGAAAACCAGUGAUUUCGGUAGUACUGAACUGGAAGUAGUACCUCAGGGUCCUGUGCUGAAAUCGAAAGCGCCAGUGAAAAGAGUUACCUGGAACCUUCAAGAGGAAGAAAGUGGCACCUUGUCUGCUGAAAAAGCUUCAAGGAUGCCGUUUUACAGACUUCAGCGAGUAAAAGAAGGGGCCUGGAAAGCUGAGGACUUGAACCAAACGUUAAAUCAGGUGUACUGUCAAAACAUACUUUUGACACCACCUCUGCCCUCAAGCCUGCCCCCCUAUGCCCCGGUCAGCCAGCCCACGGUUCAGUUCAUCAUGCAGGGUAGUCUUCCAGCGCUUGGCUGCAUGGCAGGACAGAGCCUGAUCCCGGAGCUGGGCAGCCUGGCUACUGCAUCUGAACCAGGAAUCCAAGCUGCUUCUGUUGGAAAUGCGGAAGAAAAGAGCAAAGCACCCAAACCUGCAGUGGACAAAACGAGAAACGAGGAAUACAUGAAGAAGCUGCACAUGCAGGAAAGGGCUGUGGAAGAAGUGAAACUUGCCAUUAAACCCUUUUACCAGAAGAGAGAGAUUACAAAGGAGGAGUACAAGAACAUCCUUCGAAAAGCAGUGCAAAAGAUCUGUCACAGCAAGAGCGGAGAGAUCAACCCUAUGAAGGUAGCUAACCUGGUGAAGGCGUACGUGGAAAAAUACAAACAUAUGAGGAAACAUAAGAAAUCUGAUAGUGAAGAGACAUGUGAAGUGGAAAACAGGGCAAGCCACAGCCGGCAUGACUUGGAUUGAACUGUGAAACUGGAGCGGAGAGAAGCGCGGUUAUAUCGGACUUACCUACCUGCGGAAACAAUUCCCAUUGUUUCCAUACAGGAAUGAACUUCUUGGGGUUUUGUUUGUUUGUUUCAUUUUUCUUUUGUUUUUUAUUAUUAUUACCUGCAGACGCAGAACUAAAUAACAAUCAAAUGCCUCAGACCAGCAGAGUAAUUCAAGGGAAAACACGGAAGAGAUGGAAUGUUUGGGACUCCCGGAUUGCUGCGGUUUUCAGGGCUACUUUUGAUAGGCCUGUGCACUUGUCUUGCUAAAAGUUUGCAACUGGACACCACUUUUCAUAUACAGUAUAUUGAGAGUUGUAUACCGUUUCCCUUGUGUUUAUUUAUCGAAAUAUGGGUUGUCUUUAGAAACUUCUGAUUUAAUACUUGAAAUGUUGACAUUUUUAGUCCAUGUGAUGGUGAGCGAAGCUUUACUCGCUCUGUGACUUUGGGGAUUGCAGAAAUGACUUUAUAAACUGACUUCAGGAACACUGCUCAAGUCGUGGUGUUUAUUUACGUUCUGUUGGCAGUAUCUUGUUAGAGAAAAGUUUCGUUUCGGGGUGGAGGCUGUGUUGCACUUCUGUAAAUAAUGCACUGAUGGCUGGUUUUGUGUCUGCCUUUCAGGAAAAAACCGAAACAAGAAGCAAGCAUUGUGAAUUUUCAGUAACAAGCUGAAGGGAUAAGGUUGAACUGAUGUACAAAGCAGAAAUGUGACAGAAUUUAUAAAGUUAUUUUGAAUGGUUUUAGUCCUA